AAUCCGGUUGAUUUUCACGCUUUAAUUGACGUGUUUUUGUUAGACAUUCUCUGAAUGUAGCUCGCAGGAUCUCCCCCGACGUAACUGUAAUCACCUGAUGAGGCUUUGUGCAGUAUUAACUGUGUAAAUGCCGGCUUUACUGCCGAUGCUUGGGAGGAGACUGGUAUCAGGUUUGUAAAACAUGCCACUGCUGAUUUAUUUCGUUAAAUCAAAAGCGUGAACAUUGCUAUUGACUUAAUAAUGAUAUUAUUGCGAAACUGUCACGAGGAACUGUAUUUAGGGUGCAGUCACUUAUGAUAUUCCGAUUUGUUUGGUGACAUACUGCUGGUCUCAGUACUGAAAUCCAGCAGCAGUUGCAGUUUAGCAAGAAUUUUACAACUGUAAUCCGUAUGAAAACUUUGUACACUUUGAAUGAUGAUCCUUAAUGGAGACGUGGGGGUUAAAGUAAGGACUUGCAUGGUGACGUUAUGAAGGAAAUCAUCGUAAGAAAAUUAUUAUAAUCCGCAGAUGGAUGCGGGACAUUUUGAGUAGAUGAGAUGUAAAAAGAAAAAGAUUUUAGGACAGUUUGCAGUGCAGGAGAGAGGGGACGUUUGUGCUUUUUUGCAAAUGUACAAAGUGUGCGGAAUUUAAAUUGAUAGCAAACAUUUUCCUCGGUGUAUAAAGACACGUGACCCUGGUUAAAGUGCGGGGAGACUAAUUUCCUGGAGGCUGCCGCAGUACUGAAAACUGAUAUUGUUGAAUGUUAAAUAUUAUACGGUUUUGGAAUUCCACGGUAAACAAAAUGGAUGAUGUCUUAAUGUUUUUCAGAAAGCCCCAGUUAUUGUUAGGGUGAACGCAAGUCCUAAGACAAACCUGCCGGAAUCAACUGAAGAUUAAUAUCUGCGAGUUCAGCCUAAAAAUAUCCAUUGUAACAAAUAAUGAAUUACUUUGAACAAUAAGGUGGUAUCACACUUGAAGAGCCUUUGCAAUUAUCUAUGGCAGCCAAGUCGUCCCUACUCAAGGUCAUCCUGCUGGGGGAUGGCGGUGUGGGCAAGAGCUCCCUCAUGAACCGCUAUGUCACCAACAAGUUUGAUGCGCACCUCUUCCACACCAUCGGUGUGGAGUUCCUCAAUAAGGAGCUGGAGGUGGACGGCCACCUGGUGACCAUGCAGAUCUGGGACACGGCUGGCCAGGAGCGCUUCCGCAGCCUGAGGACUCCCUUCUACCGCGGCUCGGACUGCUGCCUGCUCACCUUCAGCGUGGAUGACAGCCAGAGCUUCCUGAACCUGGGCAAUUGGAAGAAGGAGUUCAUCUACUACGCCGACGUCAAGGAGCCAGACAACUUCCCCUUUGUGGUCCUGGGGAACAAGCUGGACGUUGCAGAUCGCCAGGUGUCCACUGAGGAUGCCCAGCAAUGGUGUCGGGAAAACGGGAACUUCCCGUACUACGAGACGAGUGCCAAGGACGCCACCAAUGUAGCUGUGGCCUUUGAGGAAGCGGUGCGACGUGUGCUAGCUGUGGAGGAUAGGGGAGACCACCUCAUCCACACAGACACAGUCAAUCUGCACAGGAAGCCUCGCUCUAGCGCCACUUGCUGUUGACUGUGUGCGGCCAACUGAGCACCAAUAAGCAAUGAGCCUGACGUGUGAUCAGAGUUUACCAUUAACAUGCACUGACUGGUACAGCUGGAUGACAUUUCUUACCGCUAAUCAGAAAGUUGUUUAUCAGAUUACUUUGGAGGGCUGUGAAGGGGUGACCCUUCCAAAUAUAAAACACUGAUGGACAUGUGGUUCUGGUGUGUAAUAUUUGAUAUUUCCCCUAACCAUUGUCUUUAAUAUAAUAAACCAAAUAGUAAUGUCACUUUAAUUUCAGAAAAUAUGAAUCAUAUUGCUCGCCUAACAGCAACUUUUUCCUAAUAAUUGCUGAGCAGACAGUAUUUUUGAAGAGUUGUAUUGUAUUAAUCCUGAAUCAGCUGGAGCAUAGUGAACUUCCCUAUGCUGUUACUGUCUGACUCAACAGCAGCACAUUUAAUAAACUAAAGAAUCUAGCCCCGAAAUAAGACGGACAGCUGGCAGUAUGGAAGACUGUGUCCUAAUGGAAUUAUAGUCAUCUUGAGGUGAAUCAUUAUUGAAGGUGCCAAAUUAAAGUUUGUUUGAAAAUGAUUUUUUUUUACUCCUUAGAUAUAUAAUAUUGGAAAACUGCUUCUAAACAUUGUUACUAAUUUAUUGUACAAUAUAAUUAAUGCAGUAAAGUAUGUUUGCAAGCCUGA